AUGGUGCUUUGUCAAACCAACGUGUUGCUGAAGUGGCAGGAGCAUUUAAAUAGUUCCUGGGCCUCAGAAGACUGUGUGUCGAUAGCACGAAGACAUGACGCUGCUGUUCUCUACAACAAACUUCUUGACAACAAGGAAGUGGUGACUCUGGCCCAGCCUGUUCAAGAAUUAGUCGGCCCACGGCUCCCAGACUUUGAGUGUGAAUCCAGCACAUCAGCUGAGAAGGACGAGUACCUGUCAUCCCUGCUUCAUAGUCAGCGAUGGCUGGCUCACCGCAUGCUGACGCAAACCUCCUACACUUUGGGCCUUCACCAGAGGCUGGUAGUUCUACAGAGGAUCUACUACGCACUCCACAGCAAAUAUCAUGACAAAUUUUCUGUGCAGCUGCCCUCUCAGUCCACAGACAGUGGGGCUGAAAGUGGCCAAACUGAGCUGGCCUCAGAAUCAUGCACGCCAGGGAAUGCGUUCAAAAUCAAGUCAGGUACAGAUGUUCUGAUAGAAAUGGGUGUGAGGACGGGUUUGAGUCUGCUCUUUUCUUUGCUCCAGCAGAACUGGAGAUACGCUGCUUCUGUGCAUCCAGAGUCUGUGCUCUGUAACGAUGUACUUGCCACAGCUUCCUCUGUCCUGGCUUCUCUUCCUCCACUUUCUCUUGCUAAUGAGAGUAAGAUCCCAUCAGUGGGUUUGGACUGUCUAGCGCAGGUGGCUGACUUCCUGAAGAAGACAUCAGUGAGCAGUGGUGGGGCAGACCCGACUGGUAGGAGGUUGUCCCUGGAGCUGUUGCUUGGCCUGGCCAUGCAGAGAGGCUCUCUAAAGUUUCUGUUAGAGUGGGUGGAGGUAGCCAUGGCUGCUUCCAUGUCUCCCACCGCUGUGUUGUCUUCCUCCUCCUCACUGAGCCUUCAGCAGUUGGUCGGUGUAGACUUGGACGUCAUUCAACAAACUCUACUUCAAAUGAGGCAAUAUUCGGGUUUCCGUGGUGAUGCUGUCAACACUCAGGUGCUUACAAAGGACGCAGACGGUCUUUGCCAACUCUCCCAGGCAGCUCUCUGUUUAUUUGAGGAGAUUUGUAACUUGGCAUCCAACUGCCUGUGCUCCUGCAGCACGGACGUAGCUGCUCCUGGUACAGAAAGUGAUGCUGUAAUUGUGUAUGUUUGGGGCAGCAACAGCAGUCAUCAGCUGGCAGAGGGUACUCUGGAGAAAAUCCUACUGCCAAAACUGACACAAGGAUUCAAUGAUGCCCAAAUGAUUGAGGCAGGCCAGUACUGCACCUUCUCAGUGUCUGCAGAUGGGUCAGUAAAAGCUUGUGGAAAAGGCAGCUAUGGCCGUCUGGGCCUGGGGGACUCCAAUAAUCAGUCCAUGCCCAAGAAACUGGUGCUUGAGCCACACAGGAACAUGAAGAAAGUGUCAUCCUCUAAGGGCUCUGAUGGGCACUCUCUGGCUAUCACAGCUGAAGGAGAGGUGUUCAGCUGGGGUGAUGGUGAAUAUGGGAAACUGGGUCAUGGCAACAGUGCUACUCAGAAAUACCCCAAAAUCAUACAAGGACCAUUACUGGGGAAAGUUGUUGUUUGCGUGUCUGCUGGCUACAGACACAGCGCUGCUGUGACUAAUGAUGGAGAGCUUUAUACCUGGGGAGAGGGAGACUUUGGCAGGCUCGGUCAAAGUGAUAGUCAGAGUCGAAAUAUGCCCACACUAGUGAAGGAUAUCAGUGGUGUGGGGCAGGUGGCCUGUGGCAGCUCCCACACCAUUGCUGUGGCGCAGGAUGGACGCACUGUGUGGUCCUUUGGAGGAGGAGACAAUGGUAAACUAGGCCACGGAGACACCAAUCGUGUGUAUCGCCCCAAGGUCAUUGAGGCCCUGCAUGGAUUCAUCAUCAGGAAAGUGUGUGCUGGCAGCCAGUCGUCUCUGGCUCUUACCUCUGCAGGACAGGUGUUCUCUUGGGGCUGUGGUUCAUGUUUAGGGUGUGGUUCUUCAGAAACAACUUCACUGAGACCCAGGUUUAUAGAAGACCUGAGUAUCACCAAGAUUAUCGAUAUCUCAUGUGGGGACAGUCAUUGUCUGGCUCUGUCACAUGAGAAUGAAGUGUAUGCAUGGGGCAACAACACGAUGGGCCAGUGUGGGCAAGGUCACACUUCUACACCUAUUACCAAACCCAAGAAAGUGCUUGGCUUAGAAGGUGUCUCCAUCCAGCAAAUCACAGCUGGCACUUCUCACAGUCUGGCUUGGACUGCAGUUCCUACUGACAGACAACUGGUUGCAUGGCACAGGCCUUUCUGUGUUGACUUGGAGGAGAGCACAUUCUCCUACUUACGCAACUUCCUAGAAAGAUACUGCGAUGGCAUCAGUAACGACACACCUCCUGCUCCAUUUUUAUGUAAAAGGGACCACCAUCAUUUCCUUUUGCUGUGCAUGAAGCUGCUCUCCAUCCACUUGUCCUUGGCUCAUGCAGGAGGCACGGGUGCAAUAGUUUUAGGUGCUCAGGGCAGGCCUCUGAGAAACCUCCUUUUCAGGCUGAUUGACACAAACAUGCCUGACUCCAUACAACAAGCAGUUUUAAACACGCUGUCUAUUGGUGCCUCCCUGCUGUUGCCUCCUCUCAGGGAAAGAACCGAACUACUCCUCUCUCUCCUUCCUCAGGGUCCCCAGAGUUUAAAUGUCCUCUCCAAAGGGCAGCGUCUGCAGUUAGACAUGGUCCUGAGCAGCCUUCAGGACCAGAGCCAUGUCGCUUCUCUGCUGGGUUACAGCAACUUUGGUGAAGUGGCAGCCCUCGGACCUCCUCAGACACCUGUCAUGUCAGUCCGCCCUCCUUCUUCAUCCAGCUCAGCAGAGGCCUAUGACCCUCUACACUUAGCGGAGGUGCUGCUGAGGACACUUCUGCUUAGUAUAGGCUUUUACACGGAGCAACAAUUUGGAGAAUUGGAGAAAAAUAGUGAUAAACAGCUUAGUGCUGGCCAUCAGGGACAAAAUGAUCCUCCUUCUCACUUUCAUCAGCUGCUGUCUGGACUUCACAAACACCUGCUCGCCCACUGUUACAUUCACUCCAGCUCAGAGGAUGAUGGCAGCGUGACGCUGCUCCGAGAGCAUCUAUACCUGCUUCUACCUUGUGCUACUGAGACACUCAAGAGAACAACAAAGCUGCUGAAGGAGAGUUCCCCAGACAAACAAAUAAUUAAAAAGCUGCACAUGGUGUUGUACAAUUCAGUAGCUGGCAGUCUGCUGUGUCAGGUAGUGUACUCCUUGCUGCUGCUGCCACUGGACACAGUUCAGCCUCUUCUGAGCCACUUACUGACCUUGUUGGAGCACCUCAAUGAUUUCAACAGUUUGCUGCCUGAGACCGCUCUGCUGGAGGAACAAGAACUGGGAGCAGAGGCUCAGAAAUCCUCUGAUAAAAGUGAAGCAAACCUUGGAAAGCAACAGGAGGAGGAGUGCAGGUGGGCUUGGAUAUUGGAUCUGGAGCGGUCUGUUGCGUUGGCAGUUGGCCGCUGUCUUGGCGGUAUGCUGCAAGGCCCGCCGCCUUCGCUCCAGGAGAAAAUGUCAGAGAUGUGGCUAUCAAAUGUCCUCCUCAGGAAUGGCCUCGAGAUGGACUUUGAACAGCUGGACUCCACCAUGGCAUGGCUGAUGGAGGUUGUGCUGCUGGGCACCAGUGAUGCCAGACAAGCAGAGCUGUCUCUGACUGAAGAGAACAGAACGUUACUGGAGCUGGCCCUGGGGUCCACCCGAGGACGUGCAGGUGUUCUGUGGUGGAAGAUGGAGGAGUAUGCUCACAGCAAAGAAUGGGAGAACCGAGGUUCUUCAGAUAAUCUGUUGCCGAUUGUCUGCCGCUGCAGUCUGGCUGCUCUUCUUAAACAUACUGGACUGCAAAAUGAGGCUUGUUGGGACGACAGGUAUGAACCUUGUGAGAUGCUGAUCGAUGUCUAUGAAACAGUUUAUAAAAUCAGAAGCACCCUGUUGGCCUUUAAAAACACUCCAAAAAUGUCACAGAUGCAAGCAGCUUCCAAACAGAACUCUCAGUCUCCUCAAAGUCCUGGUAUAGACAUCCAGGAGCCUAGCACAUCAGCAGAGCUGGUAGGAAAGGAGCAUGAGCAGCAACCAGGAGGUCAAUGUAAUCAGGAAGUUCAGGUGCCCCCACUUCCUACAGCAAACCACAACCAGGAAGACGCCACAGAGGAAAGAUUUAACAGCAGUCAUACAUACCUGUCAGAAGUCUUAGAAUCAUUCAUGGCCACCAGGGAAGCCAUGCAAGUUCAACAGAAUGUGACAGUCUACGAGUCGUUUGGCACUUCCGCCCUGCCCAGCAGUAUGGAGAGCCCUGUUAGCCCAGAGAGACAACCAGAUCCUAAGAAAAAAUGGGAAAACCACAGGGAAUCAGAGGAAAGCUUGUCUUUCUCCACUGCCUGCCAUCUUGUAAUAUCUCGAUCCAUCUUCCUUCUGCUGGGGGUCAGGUCUGCCUGGGUUGAACCCAAUGAAGGAGACAAUAACCAGGAUGUCAAAACUGUAUCGAGGACAUCAACAACGGAGUCUUUUACAGUAGCUGGAAGAAAACAGUGUGACCAGUCCAAAAACUCCUCUGGCUCUUCCAAAAAUAAAAUGGGAUUACCUUUGUGUUCCUUGGGAAUAAUGAAAGAUGCUUGGGAUCGCUUACGGCAAUGCAUCAGUCCUAUUUCCACCAUGUCCCACUGUGGUGACAACACUUUGCCAAUCCUUAACCAGGUCUUUCAGUUUGUCUGUGGAAGCUUGAUCAGCUUAUAUUCUUCUCCAGCUCUGACUGGUGAGCAAAGUUAUAGUCAGGCAGAUCCAAAGGCCAUUACUUUAGCUGUGCAGCAACAGCAACAACGGGCUGAGAUGCGUCUGGAGGCUUUGUGUCAAAUGUCAGCCUUCCUGUCCAAGAUGGAGGAGAAGAGCAGCCCUUCAUCAGUUUCUCCUCAGUUUCCUGCUCUGCUGCAGUCUGCAGAGCUCCAGUUUCUCACUGGAUGCUUCGCUCUGGGAACGCAAAUCAUUGGUUCCAACUCUGGAGCAAAUUACGAGACCCAGCAUUACAUGUGUGGCACUAAUGCAGCUUCAAUGGAGACGAAAAGAGAGCUACAAUCUGCAGCACAUACCUUUUACCAGCAAGUGGUGCAAGUCCUCAAAGUCAGAGUCCAGUUGGAGAAAGAACAUCCAGGUUCUUGUCAGCAUCUUCUCUUAGCUACAAUAUUUGCACUGAACUUCUGUUAUCAACCUGUGGAUCUGGUGCUGAUCAUCAAAUGUGGCAUCCUGGAAAUCCUUUCCACGUUGACCAACAACAGCUGCGCUUUGAUGAACCAGGGCUGGUUUGCAGCCUCGUCUUCUGGAUCAAUGUUACUCAAUGGGGCUGUCAGACUGGCCUGUACCCGCCUGCUUCAAAUAGUGACUGUAGCUGCAAGCUCCUGUGAUGAUUUCCUGCCGUUGGACAUAUCCCAUAAUCUGAUGGAGGUUAUGUGUGAGCAUCUCCAAAACAUCCUGCAGAAGUUCCACCAACACCAUACAGCAGAGGGCUUAACCGCUGAGAGAGCAGAUCUGGACGCCAACAGCAGGAGCACAAAUCUUGGAGUAGAAUGUAGUAAAGUGACUGAAUCCCAGCUUUCAGAUUUUUUGGUGUUCCUGAGGAGAGUAUUGUCUUUGAGAGUAAUGAAAAGACUUUCUACAUUUGGCAAAUGGAUUGAACCACUCAUGGCCAUUAUUUCACACAAGUGCUCUUCAGGAUCUCCAUGCUUCCAGAAUCUCCGCACAAAGCUUCUGGCCUUCCACGUUUUAGAAAGAAUAUUACCUGCUUGUUCUGAGCCUGUUCACAUUCAACAGAUUGUUAAACAACUCUUCCAGAUGUUGUCUGUUUACAUGUGGGAAGAACCACUUGCUGAGAGAAAUUAUGAAGAGGCAGAAAAAGAAACCGGUCCUGCUGGGUAUGAUGAAUGUAUCCCCAUUGGAGAUUUUUCCUUUGAUCCAAACAAGCUCAUGUGCUGUUUUCUGGAGAGUGGGAACAUUCUCUCACAUGGUCCAGGUGGGAAAGGUUAUGGCCUGGCAACCACAGCCAUCACCUCUGGCUGUUUUACAUGGAAGUUCUACAUUACCAAAGAGAACAGAGGCAAUGAGGGCACGUGUAUUGGCGUUUCACGCUGGCCGGUCAGAGAUCACAACCACCAUACCACCACUGACAUGUGGCUGUAUCGUGCUUAUAGUGGCAACCUGUACCAUGGAGGGGAAAUGGUGCGCACACUUCCCUCUUUCACCCAGGGUGACAUCAUCACCUGCAUCCUGGACAUGGAAGCUCACACCAUAUCAUUUGCUAAGAAUGAUAAGGAGCCAAAGUUGGCAUUUGAAGGUGCAGUUGCCUCUGAGUUGUACCCAUGUGUGUUGUUCUACAGCAGUAAUCCUGGAGAAAAGGUGGCACUACGUGACCUGCAAAUGAGGGGCAUGCCCAGUAAUCUCCUUCCUGGAGAGCCUCUCUGCAGCCCUCGGACCACUGUGCUGCUGGAGUCAACCGUGCAACUCCUGCGGAGGCUCCAUCAGUGUGACAACUGGUCCUCGCACAUUAACCAACAUGUUCUUUCCCACCUGGAGCUCAUUGGCGUUCUGCUAAGAGAAGAUGACUCGGGAAACUUUAAGGACUCAGGCCUUGGUCCUCCACAUGCUGAGAAGGAAGACCAUAAGAAAGACAAAGACGAAACCAGGGAGUUGCUACCUCACUGUCAGUCCCUGUCAGAUGCCAAGCUGGCUGCACUUUCUACUGAAGUGUGGCCGGUCCUGGCUCUGGUCGGAGGAGUUGACAGUGGUCUCCGUGCUGGAGGUGUGUGCCGACACAAGCCCAGCGGGCGCAAGGCCAUUCUGCUCGGGGUUUUGAAGGAAGGGAGCUCUCUGGCUAAGCUUCAGUGGGAGGAGGUGGAUCUCUCUGUCAGCUCCAUGAAUUCUUGGUCACCCAGCGACACGCCGAUCAUCUCACUGGAGCCCUGGGACACAUCCUGCUAUGAUAUCACCCGCCUUGGAGGCCUCAAGCCAGCAGUGUUGUUGGAUCUGAUUUAUUUGAUGGGGCUGCUGGAGGAGGAGGGCCUACUAGGGGCUCACCCACCCCCCAGAAGAAAAUACUCUGAAGAGAUUCUGAAAGAGGAUGAGAAGCAGAGCUGCCUGGAUGAAGAUGUAUCAGAUGAUGGAAGGUGUCUGUCUGAAGAUGAAAGAAAGAAGGUGAAGGAUCAGAAGGUUGAUACAGACCAGUUUGCAUCAGCAUCAUCUCCUCCCAACACCCCAAAAACAUCUGACCCUCAGGAGUCGACCUGCUUAACUCAACUCCCCCAAACAUCCCAGACCUCAAAAAUGGAUGCCCUUUCACUUGAAAUGAGAGCAGUUAGGGUCUCAUAUCUUCUUACUGGAGGUUUGAAAACUCUGACUGUCAUUUUUACCUGUGAGAAGCUUUCAGAUUUGCUUCUAGUGCCUAAAAAUGAUCCUCCAGUCCCCUCUACGAGUCCCCUUUCCAGCCUUACCCCAGACCAGGUAAAGGCCGACUGUAAACAGUGGGAUGAAAAUGCUGAGCUGAGGUCAGUGUUGCAGUAUGUGGUGCAGAGCAUGGUGAAAUGGGCAGUAAGACCCUGUCCCAUCAAGCAAACUGUGACUCUUGCUGAUUUGGAGAGAGCUCAAGUCAUGAUAUACAAAGGAGCCCUGAACAGACUGCAGGAGGACAAAGAGCGAAAAGAAUCAGGCCGUCACUUAUCCUCACAGUCUAUUUCCAAGUCCUCAAGCUCAGUGUCCUUGUACAGUGCAGGAUCAGAGGGCACUGCCAUCUUUGGCCAGUCAAACAGAGUCUCUGCAUCGUCCUCUAAUACCGACUUGGCUUCGUCUCUGCCAACAAACCUGCAGGCGGAUGGUCUUGAGAAUUUCAACCCCUUUCUUCCCAUCAGCCUCCUCCAGCACAUGGUGUUAACGCGGUUCCCUACACUUACGGGCCUGGUUAGUGCUCCCCCAGUGUUGCACCCUUGCUUCAGCUUUGCCAGCUCUGCUUCUUGCGAUGCCUUCACAGAACAGCAGACUAGCUUCAUGGAACCGGGUCCGAGCAGCACACAGGCCAGAAGCAGCCUGGAGCGGACACAAAUGUUUGUCACCAGUCGCUUGCUAGAAAUGGGAUUUACUAUGAGACAUAUCUACUGGGCCAUGGAGGCAGCAGAUGUAGCAGGUGACUUAGACUCUCAAACCAUCGAGGUGUUAGCCAGUUGGAUGCUGGAGCACCCCCUGACUGAUGACCAGCAAGUAACCGAGUCACCAAGACCUGAGGGUGCUGCUGAGACCCCGUCCCCUGAUGGGCCAGAGACGGUGCAAUGUCCUGAACGCACCACAAGCCAAACAAAUGAAAGCCUGUUGCCUGGACUCGACUGGAUAGAGAGGGAGAACUUCUUGGAUGUCCACCUCACUAGAAACAGACCUCCCCCAGCACGGCGGCGGCGCUUAGGACCUACUCAGAGGACCUCCUUCAGACGAGCAGACCUGCCAUCACCCAGCCCCCUCCCUCAGCUGUUCCCACAACACACAGCAGUCAGUGACUGGCCAGAGCAGGUGGAGUUCCAUCCCUUCUCUGCUGAGGAGGAGUCAGAGUUGGGCUACAUGGACGACCCGUACCAUGAAGAAACGUACGAGGACCUGCUCACCCCUUCAUUCUUGAACUUGGAGAGAGACACACUUCAGAUUGUAGAGACUGGGGAAGAACACAGUCAGAUGGUGAAAUGUGAGCUGUGCAGCACCUUCACCCUGCAGUUUAAUAAUCACAUAAAGCGGCGACACCCAGGUUGUGGGCAGAGUGCUGCUCGCAAAGGCUACGACAGUACCGGUGCUUAUGUGGACGUCUGGUUCAAAGGAGAGUGCGGCUCCAACUUUCCGUUCUACCUCCUCUGCAACUCCUGCAGGGAAAAGUAUCUGGCUGCUAAUUCAAGUGAUCCAAAUUCCAAACAUGAAAGGAUUAAAGGUCUGACAUCUGAUUUAAUUGGCCAAGUGGAUAACACUUCAGAUGAUGACUGGGAAAUGAGCCACCAAGAUGAGGAGGACACAGACAAAUUGACAGGAUUGGAGGAUUUUGGAGUCCUACUGAGACCACUGGGGCUGACGGAAAAAAAGCUCAUACCAGAUCCCAUUUUCUUUACUGAACCCGAUCCACUUGGCGCUCUAGUUUACAGCUCAUCCUGCCCUACAAGAGCUGCUUCCAAAUGUGGUGCCCAUGUUGACCAGAAGACCUGUCUGAGCCUCGGGCAGCAGGCGAUGUCUCUGAGGGAUUCUCACGAUCGACUGAAGGCUUUACGAAGAGUCACGUCCACUGCACAGAUUUUGUUGGCGUACAGCAUGGUGAUGAGAGCUCUGUCUCAUACCGCCUCAAGCGCAUCAGUAUCCAGCCAGUCUAACGGACUAGAGUCCUUGGGGCUUGCAGAUAUCCGUAUCCUGGUGCGUCUGAUGACUUUAGCUGCGGGCGGCAGAGCACACACCUGUGUGGACAAUCAGUCCGUUGGGAAGGGGCUGGUGACAGAACGCAACAACUCUACCUGCCUCACCUUUCUGACCUCGGCCAUCAGCUGCGUUGUGUCUCAGAGUCCUGCUGCUUACAGGCAACUGGUGGAGAUAUGUACUCAGGACCUAAUGACAGCAGCUACAGGGGUGAACAUUGGAGCCAUCACUGAACCACCACAGAGGACAACUUUAACAACUGCGACCCAGGGGGUCUUGCAGCAGACAGACCUUAGUAAUCAAACACCUCCAACAUUUCUAGUCACACAGCGUCUGGUGUCCCUGCUCACUGAGAAGAGCAUUCACUGUUUCAGCCCUGACAGAGCUGAACACGACGCUAAUGAUGAAGCAAACCAAGGCAGGUGUUCCUCAUCUUUACCUCCUUCCCCUUCACCUCGUCUGCGUGCCAGAGUGGGCCCUCUGGAACUGGCAAAUGCAUUAGCAGCGUGCGUCCUGUCUGCAAGACUUACCAGUAAGCACAGACAAUGGGCAGCACAGCAGCUGGUGAAGGCCUUGGCUGCUGCAGGGAGAGAAACUCCCAAUCGUCCUCAAACAUACAGCGACCUGGCUGGUGAUUUGCGGAAAUGUCCUCUUAAGAGACUCGAGGGGCAUUAUAACAAGGUUGCCAGCUGUUUCUGGAACAGUGAGCAGAGUUUGCUUGCAACAUGCUCUCAAGACAAGGUGGUGCAACUGUGGAGAAUCAGCCAAAAUGCUGUGGAGUUACAGACCACCUUCUCCUGCAUUGCUAGCAAGGUGGACCGAUCAAGCAAUGAGAGAGCUGCCAGAUGUCAGCACACGUCUCCUGUGUGCUGGAGCAGUGGGGGAAACUUUCUGGCUGCCCCUGAAAACAAACACAUCAACAUCAUGAACAUCAGAGGGACUCUCUGUCAUGUAAAUGUUCAGAGUUCUCGGGUCACCGCUCUUUGCUGGGCCCAGAGCUUCAACUUGUACCUGUUGGACCAGUCGGCCAGCUACAAGAGCAGAACUGCUGAGAGCCUGCUGGUGGGGCGGCUGGAUGGCUCCCUCUGCUGGCUGCAAGUCACAGUGCAGGAUCUGGAUCUGCUGGUGAAGAGAACUGAGCUGAGCCACUGUUACAGGGACGAGGCCCCCUACUGCUUAGCUUGGCACACGGAGGACAAGCCUUUUGCUGUGGGUUAUACCAGUGGGAAGAUCCUUUUGGCUACAACUGAGAUGUAUGAGAACGCACAGCCUGUAGUUCUGUCACUCUUCCAGGACAGUGUGAGUUCCCUGAAAUGGGACCCUACUGGACACCUGCUGUUAUGUUUGGGGAGGUCAGAGGUGGUGAAAGUACUGGGACGCUCCGGGGGCACCUGGGUGACUCUGCACUCUCUUUACCACACCAGCAUUGUUAACAUUGCAGAAUGGUGCCCGCUAGCUGGCAGAGUACCCAUACCUAGACUUCUGAUGGCUGUUGGUUGUCUGAAUGGCUCGGUGCAUGUUUGGACACUACCACAGGGUGGGACUACUGUAUCUCUGCCCAACAUACUGAACAGCCCCCCAAGCCAAGAUAAGAACAAUGAAGUCCAGGAUGGUGCAAGGUGUGCCUUUGUACUUCAUGGUCAUAUUACAGCAGUGAAGUUGCUUUCAUUUUGUUCCAGUGGACUGGCUCUGGUUUCUGGGGGGAUAGGGGGGCUGCUCAACAUCUGGUCUCUGCAGGAUGGUUCAGUGUUACAGACCACUACUGGACUGGGUUCAGUUGUCAGCGCUACCUGGAUACCACACUUAGGUGUAGCUGCUUGUUUUGGAAGGUCCAAGGAUGUUUUACUGAUCUGCUGCACCCCUGACUGGAUCAGUCAAAACCACGUGUUGGCCUCCUGCCGUAUGGUCCUCAGGAACCAGAACAUCUUGGGCCUGAAUCUGGCGCCUUGUUUGGCUGUUUUCUUAGAGAGGCUGCCCUUGUUGCUACAGGAGCAGUACAGCUACGAGCGGAACCACGUGACUGCCGGCGAUCAGCUCGUCCACAGUGCCUUCCUGCAGAGUCUGGCCUCCCUGGCUGUUGGUCUGUCCUUAGAAAAACAUCUGUGCACUUACCCACAGCCCCCACACCACACCUGUCCUGAUGCUCAGUCCUGCCCAUCAGAGUGGAGCUGGCUGCUCACCUAUGCCACUACUGUCUGCAGUGCAGAGGCUAUUGCCAGUGGUACUGCCUUCCCUGAAUCCUUUGUCGUUUCUGAGUUUCAGGAGGUGGAACACUCUAACAUUGUCAAAGCACUGGACAAUAGUAAGUGGAGUUUCAAGAUGGAUGAACAGCUGAUGUCAUGGGCCACAAACAGGCCAGAGGAUUGGCAAGAGGGAGGUAGGAGUGAGGUGUACCUUUGGGGGAACGGACGAUAUGGACAAUUGGCAGGAAUGGGGACAAACCUUAUGAUGCCUACAUUGGCUCCCUCUUUGUUACAGACACAACAGGUCGUAUGCGGUCAGAACUGUACAUUUCUAGUCCAGUCCAAUGGAUCCGUUUUGGCUGUAGGUGAAGGACAGUAUGGUAGACUGGGCCAAGGGAACUCUGAUGACCUCUUUGUUCCCACUCUUAUUUCUGCAUUUCAAGGGUAUGUGGUGACCCAGCUGGUGACAUCUUGUGGUUCAGAUGGACACUCGAUGGCCCUGACUGAAACGGGGGAGGUAUUCAGUUGGGGAGAUGGAGAUUUUGGCAAACUGGGCCAUGGCAACAGUGAAAGACAAAGGAGACCCAAACAGAUAGAGGCCUUACAAGGAGAGGAGGUCAUCCAGCUCGCUUGUGGCUUCCGGCACUCCGCCAUCAUCACAGCAGAUGGGAAGCUGUUCACCUUCGGCAGUGGUGAAUCCGGUCGUCUGGGUCUAAGGUCAACGUCCAACAAGAUGCUACCUGAAAGGGUGACUGCACUGGAGGGAUAUCAUGUUGGACAAGUGUCGUGUGGUCUCAACCACACAUUAGUGGUAUCUUUGGAUGGCAUGAUUGUGUGGGCAUUUGGAGAUGGGGAUUAUGGGAAAUUAGGAACUGGUUCAUCCACAGCAAAAUAUUACCCCCAGAAAGUGGAACAGCUUUGCAACAAAAGAAUUAAGAAAAUUUGUUGUGGGACCCAGUUUUCUGUGGCUCUGGCCUGUGAUGGACAUGUUUACACAUUUGGACAAGAGCGUCUCAUUGGUCUGCCGGACUCCAUGCUGAAGAAUAAAUCCAGCCCCCAAGUGGUGCCAUCACUGGAGGGGGUGUUCAUCGAGGACAUUGCAGUGGGUUGUGAACAUGGGCUGGCUCUGUCCACCACUGGAGACGUUUACGCGUGGGGCUGCAACAGUGAGGGACAGCUGGGUCUGGGACACUCUAAUCCAGUGAAGGAGCCGGCACUCGUCACUGCCCUCCAGGGUAAAAACAUUCGACAGAUCUCUGCUGGUCGCUGCCACAGCUCAGCGUGGACAACCCCCACUACACCGAUAAAAAGUUCAGGUGGCUCAGGACUUUUGCAGCUUGGCCUUCCCCAGGCUGUCCCUCCUCAGUACAACACUCUGAAAGACUGCAGCCCUGAUAUCCUCAGCGUGCGCCUCAGGGUGCUCCACCAUUUCUCUGAUCUCAUGUACAAAUCCUGGAGGCUACUCAAUCUGGACACCAAGAAACCGAUGUCCACUUCACGCUAUAGUUCAGGGACUGCAGCCAUCAUUCGAGGUGAACUCAGAGGGCUACUGUCACCCAAGGUCAACACUCUGCCUCUUGUGCGCUCAAUCGGCAGAACAAUGACCCAGGGCAAAACAUAUGGGCCACAAAUCACCGUGAAACGCAUUUCAACAAGAGGGCGUUCGAGCAAGCCCAUCUUUGUGCAGAUAGCUAAGCAAGUGGUGAACCUGAACCCUCUGGAGCUCCGGCUGCCGUCACGAGCCUGGAAGGUGAAGCUGUUGGGGGAGGGAGCUGACGAUGCUGGAGGAGUGUUUGAUGAUACUAUUACUGAGAUGUGUCAGGAGCUGCAGUUGGGUGUGGUGGAUCUCCUCAUUCAUACUCCCAACAGCUUUGCAGAUGUGGGCUGCAACACUGACAGGUUCUUGCUUAAUCCGGCGGCACACUCAGAGGAUCACAUGAUCCAGUUUCGCUUUUUGGGUAUCCUCAUGGCGGUGGCCAUACGCACCAAGAAGCCUCUGGACUUGCAUCUAGCUCCAUGGGUGUGGAAACAGCUCUGCUCUAUGCCACUUGGAGGACCUGACUUGGAGGAGGUGGACCUGCUCACCUACCGCACGCUUCAAGGCAUCCUUCACCUGGAGAACAGCGGAAUCACUGCAGAUAAUUUCCAUGUGAUGAUCCCGUUGGAGUCAUUCAUGGCUCACAGUGCAGAUGGAAGGCUGGUUCCUGUGGUUUCUGGAGGUCAGAACAUCUCUCUAACGUUUGCCAACCGGACUGAAUACGUAGAGAGAGCUUUGGACUACAGACUACAUGAGAUGGAUGCGCAGGUGGACGCAGUCAGAGAGGGCAUGUCCACCAUCAUCCCCGUGCCCCUCCUCUCCCUGCUGACGGCACAGCAGCUGGAGCAGCUGGUUUGUGGCCUGCCCCAGGUCUCUGUGGACAUGCUGAAGAAGCUGGUGCGUUAUCGCGACGUCACCGAGACCCACCAGCUAAUCGACUGGUUCUGGCAGAGCCUGGAGGAGUUCACCAAUGAGGAGCGGGUGCUUUUCCUGCGCUUUGUUUCUGGCAGGUCCCGGCUGCCUACCAACCCGGCUGAUAUCCCACAGAAGUUUCAAAUCAUCAAGGUUGACAGGCCCAUCAAUGGACUCCCUACUGCUCAGACCUGCUUCUUCCUGCUUCGCCUGCCCCCAUACACAAGCCAGGCCAUCCUAGCCGAGCGUCUGCGCUACUCAAUCCACAACUGUCCCUCCAUCGAUAUGGACAACUACAUGCUCACUCACAACACGGACCCAGCAGACAGCUCAGACGAGGACUGAAGCCGAAGACUGUACAACAGUGAGGAAUGUAUCUUUGCU